GUCCGAACAGCACUUACAGGGUUGCCGCUUGUUUUCGGCCGUUCGGCCCUGACGAAGAGCAGGCAGAUCCCCACAGUGUGCCACCGUUUACGGCUCCAUGUCUCCGCCGCCCCGCUGUGCAGCUCCGGGACGAAAAGCUCAGCCAAAGCCCGGGAGGAGGAGCUGGAGGAGGAAGAACCGGAGGGUCCCGAAUACAUCCCCAGGAGAAAGGCCAAGAACCCCAUGAUGAAAAUAGGCUAUGCUUGGAUGAUAGGCCUACCAACCGGAAUAAUCGGCUUCCUAUUGGCCAAGAGACAAGUGGACAAAAACCGACUGAAGCAGCUCAAGGUCCGACAGAGAAUGAAGCGGUCGAACGAAGGAGAUUACGAGGGGAGUCGGUACCAGCACCACGCAAAGGAUGUUAAACUGGACCAAUGA